AGUAGCUUCAGUUGGUGACUGAAACUCAGCCCGUAAACAGCUCUGCAAACAAAGCAACAGCAACUCAAGCUAAACGCGCAAAACCCCGCAAGUGAUCAAAGAAAAAUACGAGAGUGGAAUAGCAUCCAAUCGUACAGAAUAUUAUCAAAUUAUUUAACAACAUCCAAGCCCAAAAGAAAACUCAACUGCAAAAUGCAAGUGGAUAAAGUUUGUGCCACCAUCGCGAUCUUCGCAAUCUUCGCCAGCGUUGUGGAUGCAGCAGUUUACUCCCAGCCCGCCAUUUUCCUACCUGCACAUCCCGGCAAGUGCUUCGACAAGCUGACCCGCAAGGCCCUUCUGCCCGACAAGGAGUACAAGCCGAAGGGCAUUUGUGCGGCGAUGACUUGCAGCCUGGAGGCUCGGGAAAUCAGCAUCGAGACCUGUCCCUAUGUGGAGGCCCCUGGCUGCGAGGAGCUGCCCAGCGAUCCCAACUGGCGGUUCCCCAAGUGCUGUCCGCAGUUCAAGUGCGUCGACUUCAAGACCGGCAAGGACUUUAUCGUCUCGCUGUAAAUCGCCCGCUAUAUAUCCCCUAUAUAUAGUAUAGGCGCAAAUGAAACGUGAUUUUACAUGAAAUGUAUUCGUAGUACUUUAAUGUUUGAAUGAAGUGAAGAGUGAAUGAAAUCGAGCGACUGUGUGCGUGCCUGUGACUCAUUCCUAAUUUAUUUAUUUUAAUUUGUAAAUAACACAUUAUCUGCAUAACUCCCCUUUCCCCAUGUCAUGUUUUCACGCGUGAGCAUAAUUCAAAUUGUUUUGAUUUAUUCAAAAGUCCCUGUAUGCGAUAUUUGCAAGAAUGACUAACAACAAAAACCAACUAUGUUUAGUCCAUAAGGUUUAAGCGAAGUAAUAAAAAAUCUGAAAUAUGCAAA